CGUAAUUACAGCCGUGUUGGCUCAAGUUGCAGCCGCAGCAGAUCAGCUUUGCAGCCCCGGCUGGCGGGGCCGCAGCCCCGGCGGAGGGCGCGGUCGCCCUUGCAUGGCCCCAGGGCUGGUUGGUGUCAGGAGGCCACGCCGACAAGCUGCUGGUGCUCGGCAUGUCCUGCGAAAGCCUCGACUCGCUAGAUCGGUCUGAUCGAAGUUCCCACCAGUCGCCAUGGGGGUCGAAAGCAAGCUCUGGCACGUCGCCUCUGGCAAGGAAUUGCGACAUCCGUUCGGAGAGCCACCGCUCGCGCUCCAGCCGCAACAGCCUUCCGUUCGGCUGCUUGUCGGACUACUCCAUGGUGGACUCGGACAUCUCGCCGCGGAUGCUCACCUCCAUGGGCACGUCGCCCAUGGGCGGCUCCUCCGCGCCCUCGUUCUUCCCCGACGCCCGGCGGCGGUCCAGGGGCACGUCGCCCAUGGGCGGCUCCUCCGCGCCCUCCUUUUUCCCCGACGCUCGGCGGCGGUCCCCGGGCACCUCGCCCAUGGGCGGCUCCUCCACGCCUUCGUUCUUCCCCGACGCCCGGCGGCGGUCUCCGGGCACGUCGCCCAUGGGCGGCUCCACUGCACCCUCGUUCUUCCCCGACGCUCGGCGGCGGUCCCCGGGCACGUCGCCCAUGGGCGGCUCCUCCGCGCCCUCGUUCUUCCCCGACGCCCGGCGGCGGUCCCCGGGCACGUCGCCCAUGGGCGGCUCCUCCUCUGCACCCUCGUUCUUCCCAGGGGCGCUGCGCCGAUCUGGCGGCGGCUCCAAGAGUCCCACUGCGGGCUCGGGGACUUCUACCGCGGGUUUCUCCCUGGAGGCCCACGACGGCCCGUUGUUCCGCAGCCUGCCGCCAGAGUUGGUCAAGGAGGUUAUUUCCCUGCCCGACGGCGAGAACGAGAGCGGCGAGGAGGCAGUCGGUCACGGCGGCUCGAAGAACAGCUGGGCCACCCCAGAUAGCCGGAACAGCCAGAUCGGGUCGAGCUACGACGUGACCAAAUUUGUCACCAUGGCCACGAGCCAAGGCGACUCUCGUCAAAAUAUUGGAAGGGACGUCAGCCGGGCACACAUGCAGAAGUUCGCGCUCUGCCGUCGUGAGGCGUGCGCCUGGGUUCGCAGGGGCGAAGUGCUCGUGAAGCAUCCAUUGAGACGAACUGACGGAGGUCACUUCAGCACGCUGAAGGAGAUGCGCCGGAAGCCCCACGUGCUCCUGUCCAGGCGGAAAAAGUAUACCUUCGUGGUUUUAGACAGGCACAAGACCGCGAGCGGCCACCCCGAGCUGAGGUGGGGCCGAGACCUGGGGCGCGCGGUGUCGAUGCAGGCAAAAGGGUGCCUGGUGCUCUCCGAAGUUCACUAUGUGGCGGCUACUGUGCUGCACGAUGAAGCGGAGGUCUCGGAGAAGCUGCUGAAUGAGUUCCAGAUAGUCGGCUCCAACUACUCGAUGAAGAUCGUGGCGCCGUCGCGGGAGUCCAUGAAGUUGUGGGUCGUUGGGUUGCUGCAGUUGUCGCAGCUCGCGAGGAAGAGAAACUUGAAGUUCAAGCGGACAACUGUGGACGACGUGCUGUGGAACUCAAUCGUCCGCGAAUUCCAAAGAUUAGACAAGGACGGAUCUGGAGACAUUUCGACUGAGGAGCUCGCAGAUCUGAUCCCGUCAGCCAGCGGCAACUCGAGCGCAGUCAGCGAGAUGCUGUCCAAGUUUGACGUAGACGGCAACGGCACCCUCCAGUUGCAAGAAUUCGCACGGCUCUUCCAAGCUUUGUCAGUGAAGGACGUGCUGUCCCCUUGGUUCCUGAAGUAUGCGUGCCAUGUGACGACAGACCUUGGCUUGCAGACAAAGGGAAUCAGCGAGGCCUCCUUCCUGGAGUUCCUGGAGCGCGAGCAGUGCGAGACUGGCGCCGCAGGCGUAGUCUUUGCGGACCUGCAGUCCCCGCACGUCGUGUCCGUGGGAGGAAGGCUCCACCUGACCGAGCUGGGCCUCUCGUUCUUGCUCUGCUCCGCGAAGAAUCCAGCCUUCGACCCCGCCCGUGGGCAGAAGGUGCACCAGGACAUGACCCAACCGAUCUCGCACUACUGGAUAUCGUCUUCGCACAACACAUAUUUGGAGAGGGACCAACUCUUCGGCACAAGCGCCCUGGAGCAGUACCAGGACGUGUUGCUCAGGGGUUGUCGCUGCGUGGAGAUCGACUGCUGGGAUGGCGACGAUGGCGAGCCUAUCGUGACGCACGGAUACACUGCCACCUCGCGCCUGAUGUUCCAGGACGUCGUGCGGGUGUGCAGGGACUACGGCUUCGUGGCGUCCCCGUAUCCCCUGAUCCUCAGCCUGGAGGUGCAUUGCGGGCCGAAGCAGUUGGCGCGCAUGGGGCGCAUCCUGAACGAGAUCCUUGGCGACAGGUUGUUGAGACUGCCCGAGGGUGGCUUGUCCACCGCGGAGCUGGUCUCGCCCGCCGCUGCGAUGCGAAGGGUGAUCGUCAAGGGCAAGGUGCCACACGAGCUCAUCCUGGCGAACAGCGAGUUUGCAGAGGCGACCCAGCUGACCUCGGCCUCCUCGUCCUUCGCCAAGGGCAGGAGCCAGAGCAGCGUCAUAAGCAACAGCAGCCAGCUGGAGCCAUACUCCUGCGACAGCCUGCCCUCGACCCCCUCGAGACGGCGGCGCGUGCUCGAAUCGCUAAAACAGUGCCUCCAUAUGUUGUCUCAGAUGCAUGGGAGACCGACGAAUAAGUUCCACCAUGAUUUCCAAUUGCCCGUCGAGUGCCACGAGGCAAACGAGCCGACUUCCCUGGGCGAGCGGCGGCGAGUCAAUUUUGGGGCCACGGAGGAUGCGCCAGCUGCCGAGGCGCUCCGACCCCCAGCGCUCGACCUGGACGACUCGCCGCUGGAGAGUCCUCCGGUGAGCUCGCCGCCGAGUCCUUCGUGGCACGGCGAGGCGUCGCAGGGCGAGUUCUCGUUCGACGUGUACAGCGCGCAGGAGCGCCCCUCGCAACGCUCAGGUAGCAAUUCGCUGGCAGCGACGCGGGCAGCGAAGCCUGCCAGCUCUGCGAGGAGUCUGCUGCGCCGCCUGGCGCGCGGCAAGGACGGCGUCGACGCCUUCGACAUCGAAGGCGUCCAGGAGUACGCUCGGACGCUGUACCUGGUGGCGCGGAAGCCGCCGCGCGGCGGGCUGUGGUCUUCGCUGGCGGAGGAGGAGCCGCGCAAGGAUCACGAGCUGGUCCUGUUCCCCUGCAACAUUAUGUCCCUCAACGAGAAGAAGGCGGAGAAGCUGCUGGUGACGAACUUGAACCGCUCGCGGGAGCACCACCAGAACAACCUUUCGCGGGUCUACCCGAUGGCCACCCGCACCAGCAGCUCCAACCCCGACCCCGUGCCCUUCUGGCUUGCGGGCGUGCAGAUGGUCGCCCUCAAUUACCAGAGCAUGGAUCUGCCCGUGCUGAUCAACGAUGGGCUGUUCAGGAACGAGAACGGCGGUGCGGGCUACAUCCUGAAGCCCGACCUGCCGCCCCCGCCCCUUCAAAAGGGAGGCUGCGUGCUGGACGUGGGGGUGCUCUGCGGCCAGUACUUGCCUAAGCCAGGGGCAGACAGAGGCGGGGACAAAGGCAACAAGACCACCAAUCCCAUGGUCCGGGUCAGCAUUUCCGGCCUCGACGAGGACCGGAAGAAAUUUGUGACCUCGCAGGUGUUUGAGAAUGGCUUCAACCCGCGGUGGGAGGAGACCGUUUCCUUCGAGCUGUUACACCCGACGCUUUCUAUAUUAAUUUUCGAGGUCGUGCACACUCGGAACCCGGCGGCCCAUUCGCCGUCGCAGUUCGGCUGCCUCGGCGGGAAGAAGUCCACUCGGCGGCGUAAGCCGCGCUCCUGGCAGAACGUUUUCGUGGGAGCUGGAAGGAGGUGCCGGUCGUUGAGCAGGAGUUCGCAGAGGCAGGGCCGCAGCGCCACCGUCGCCACUGCGUGCAGCCGCAGAAGGGCCGAAGAGGUGGUUGCAGCGGCGGCCGUGCCCGUGUCCGGCCUCCGCGAGGGGCUCCGUUGGGUCCAGCUGCUGGACACCAGGUUUCACCCAGUCGAGCGCUCGGGGCUGCUGCUGGACAUCAGGCUCAGCGGCGCCUGGGCAUCGGAACGCCGCUCCGUUUCUACAUCUGCGGCGCCCACGACAUCAUUAAUAGCAGUACCCACUAGGGCGCCCCCUGCUGGGUCGUCCUCGGCGCUGCAGCGGCGCUGCAUCUCUCUUGGCGCGUCUCCUCUUCCGCAGAAGGAGAGGAUCGUCACCCCCUGUGUGUCUCUCGCGAGGGAGAUGGUCGUCGCCGUCUGACCGCGCGCUGACGAAAUUUUCACCCUUCUGUUCCUAGCCCCGUUCGUUGCCUCCGCUGGACCAUUACCAGAUCUGGGUGGCAACGUUUUUUGUUCGGGGUGUCGUAUAUGCUCCAGGUGGUGCCGCCCCAAGCGAGCGAUGCGUCAACUCAACUACUGUGCUGACUCCUACCGAGUCCUGUAGGGAGACUCCCGUCCGAACCACACAGUGGCGAGCAGGAGGAUGAGGAGGUGGUAGGGAUGGAAUCAGUGUUACCCGUGUUUUUCAUAUUUGUUGUUGUGCGCAUAGCCAAUAGGCGCUAUGUCGAGCCAAAGCCUGGCGUUGCAGCCCACUGUAUUUGAGGAGGCUAAGCUUCCCAUGUGUGCACUUGUGCUACUUGUUUGUUUCAUACAGAUGUUAGCUAUCUUGAGAUCCAUUCUUUAUACUAGGGUGACGCUUGUAAGGAGUGGCCUAGUCUGAGCUGUCCCGGACCUUGUAAAAAAAAUACGCCCCGGAGGGCCCCAAGAGCUUCCAAGAG